AUGGUGAGAAAAAGGCGAACAAUAAUUCAGGCACAAUUUCACUCAAAAAAAAGGGGGGGAACGCGAGAGAGGGAGAGUGGGGAGGGCGAUGCGCGGAGCAUCGGGAGAGGGGGAGUAGGACGUUGCGGCGGUUCCCGGGCGGAGAAGCGGAGCAAGGAGGAGGAGGAGGUGGUGGCGGCGAUCGAGCACAGGGCGUGCGCGAGGGUGGGGUUGCUGGGGAACCCUAGCGACGUCUACUACGGGCGAACCAUCUCCUUCUCGAUCGGAAACUUCUGGGCCUCCGUGAGGCUUCGCCCCUCCGAGGAUCUCGUCAUCGAGCCCCACCCCAAGCACGAUCUCGUCGUCUUCGAUUCGAUCCACCACCUGGUGAAUCGUUUGGAAAACGAGGGGUACUAUGGAGGUGUUCGGUUGCUAAUGGCCAUUUGCAAGGUGUUCUACAAGUAUUGCACUGAAAGCAAUAUUGAGUUGAAAAAGGGAAAUUUCACUUUAUCAUAUGACACCAAUAUUCCUCGCCAGACAGGACUCUCUGGUUCCAGUGCCAUUGUUUGUGCUGCCCUAAACUGCCUCCUCGACUUUUACGAAGUUCGACACCUUAUAAAGGUUGAAGUCAGGCCUGAACUAAUUCUUAGUGCAGAGAAGGAACUUGGAAUUGUUGCUGGCCUUCAAGAUCGAGUUGCACAAGUUUAUGGUGGCCUUGUCUAUAUGGACUUCAGCAAGGAGUAUAUGGAUAAGUUGGGGCAUGGCAAGUAUGUGCCCUUGGAUAUUAAUCUUCUUCCGCCUCUUCAUCUCAUCUACGCUGAGAAUCCAAGCGAUUCUGGGAAGGUUCACAGCUCUGUUCGACAGAGAUGGCUUGAUGGUGAUGAAUUUAUUAUAUCAAAGAUGAAAGAGGUGGCUGAGCUGGCAUUAGAGGGUCACAAGGCUUUAUUAGAAAAGAAUUACACUGAACUUGUAAAUCUUAUGAACCACAACUUUGAUCUUCGGAGGAAAAUGUUUGGAGACAGCGUGCUCGGCUCGCUAAACAUAAAGAUGGUUGAUGUGGCCAGAAGCGUCGGUGCCGCAGCCAAGUUCACUGGAAGCGGCGGAGCCGUGGUUGCGUUCUGCCCUGACGGGGCUUCUCAAGUAGAGCUUCUCGAACAAGCCUGCCAAGAAGCUGGCUUUCUCGUACAGCAAAUAAAAGUCGUCCCUUCUGUCCUCACCGAAGAGGACCUAAGAACCCUAUCUAGCUGAGAAAAUCAAAGAGUUUGGCAUUGGUUCUUUUGCAAAUUACCUUGCAUUACCGGUUUAGGAGUUGAUUCAUCCAUUAUGUUUGACAAAAUUACCUACAUUGAUGAACUCUUUUCUUAUUCCUGCUGAUACUGAGGAUAAUGUUGAUGUACAUAGAGUUAAUUUGAUGGUUAUUUUCCAUUGUA